AAAGUUGAAAAAGAGGUAUCUUUGAAACUUCUAGGAUAAACACAAGUAAAGCAGGGAAGGAGAGAGUCAAGCAGAGAGAUGGGAGGAGGGCAGCAGGUAUUGAAGAGAAUUCCACGCAUUAAAUUUCCAGAAAGGCACCCAAAAUCCUCAAGCUCAGGUUCAACUUCCCAAACUCAGUCAGCAUCUAAAGAUGGGGACAUUUUUCGCUCUUUCAUCUCAAGAUCAUCAGAUGUUCCUGCAGCACCCACAAACACUGAUGUGGGAGGCAAAGCAUCACUCCAACCAAAACGUACACCCGUCACAGAGAAAGAGAUAGAGGCUGUUAUGUUGGGUGGCUGCCUCUGAGGUUUCAGCUGAGAAGCUUCAUGAAUAUGCAACCAGACCAUGUAAUGUGGAAAUGUUUGUUUGUGCAAGAAAUAAUAAGAACAUGCAAGGAUUUUAUGGAUUCAGAACACUCUGGGCAGAAUAAUGUGGUAUUGGCGUGAAAUGAACAAUUUUAAGGGUGGUUACGGUUUGGUUUUGAUUGUAAUUAAAAUUAAAUUAUCUGUUAAUUAAAGUUUUAGGUUUUUAAUUUUAAUAAUUAUUAACUAAAUUA